AUGAAGACUCUAUCAUAUAAUUGGGCCUUCAUAAUUAAAUUUAUUGCUAUUUCUUUCUUGGCCGUUUUGCCAACGGGACUUACGCAAAAUAUAAUAAACGAUUCUAAUUUUACCUAUACUGAAAGACCUAUCCAGUCUAAUCUUACUGGUGCUCAACCGCGCAUUAUAGAUAUUAACCAUUAUCGGGACAGUCAAAAUACUGCAAUUGUUCGCAUCGCUCGAGAUAAUUACAUAGCUGGCAUUAAUAGAUGUUUUGAGCAAAGAUUAUUACUCCGCGUUAUUCAAGCAAAUGGAAGUGUUAUUCCAAUAAAUUUUGAUAAUAUCGCAGAAAUACAAGAUAUCAAUUAUUGCAUUGUUAAUGGUGCUAAAAAUCCUAUAAGCUUUUACCCAUUAUUUGAUCAAUAUAUUCUAGUAACAUACACUCAUGCAACCGAUACUUCUGAUAAUACAACCUUUAUGGAUAAAGGUGUGGUUAUAGAUUGGAGCGGGAAAAACAUAAGGUCUGUUAAUAUUACGCUUGAUUUUGGUCCAUCAUACUUGCUCCCACGCACCACUAUUUGGAAUCCAAGUACAUUUAUAUCAAUUAAUGUCACUCCUAAAAGAGGAUUUUUAUACCUAUCUGCGGUUAAUGGAACAAAUGAUUUCGAAUGGAAACAAUACGCAUAUAAUGGUGAUGGAAGCUUCAGUUUAUUACAAAGUGAUAAGAAUUAUAAUAUAGCUUUUAACACCUUUCAAGUUACCGUAUUUGCUACUUUAAAUGGUGGUUAUGCAAUUGUGUAUGCUAACACGACCAUCCCAAGUACUUCCUCUAACUCGUUAGCAGCUCAAUUUACCGCGAAUGCUGGAAUCUAUGCCAUAAUAUUGAAUUAUAAUCAAUCAUAUACAAGCAAUCCAAUUAUUUUACAUGAAAUGUCUACCCCCAAUUUUAUUGUAAGAUUCACUACAUUGUAUUGCUCUGUUGAUUAUGUCUAUAUUGGUCAUCAAUUGCGUUUUCUUUCCUCUGGAUCCGUUCUUAAAUUGGAUCCUGUACUCAACAUAUCUUCAAAUACCACCCCGAAUAUUAAAAUACUACCUCUCGGGGGAUACGCUGUAGUCUUACGAACUUUUAUUGGUCAAGCUGUGAAUUUCACUUUUAAUCUUUACGAUGAAGAUAAUAGACAGUACAAUCAUGCACCUAUCAUUUCAAAUUUAUUUGGUGCUUUUAUUAUAUUAAAUAAUAAUACAAUGAUAAUAGCUCAAAGCGAGACUACUACUUCUUGGAGACUUUUUUCAAUCGACCUUCCUCGACUUGCUUCAUAUAAUGCAUUGAAUACUGAAGAAAUUAGUAUUACGUUUCAUGAUCGCGUUUCAUUUUCAUUUUCGGAUGCUAAUUUAACUAUUUAUCAAAGAAUCAAUCAAACUAAUAUUGUUCGACAAUUAAUUAAUGCAAAAAUUUGUAAUAAAUGUACUGCCUCUGACAAAGUUAUCACACUUGGUGUGUUUAAAUGUACUUUUAAUGAUCCAAGUGGUCAUUAUUUUAUACAAAUGGAUAAUAAUUUCGUAAAAAGUAGUGAAUAUGGCGAACCCAUGCUUGGAAUUGACUCAGAUAUGUGGACUUUUCAAACAGAUAAUGGAAGAUUGGAAUCAAAUAAUCAUUAUCAAAUUGAUACAUCUUCUAUCGAAUUAAAAACUCUUAUCUCUCUUUCUAUUAUUGCGGCAAAAAGUAGUGACAAAAAAAAUACCAAUGCGAUCAAAGAUGAUUUAAACCUACUAAUACAAAAUAAAAAAUUUACAAACUUAUCAACAGGAGCUUCCACAAACUAUUUAGACGAAACUUAUGGAUUUCAAAAAGCUGGUAAAACUAUCGAAAAUUUCGCCAUUAUACAACUUGGAAUUGCCAUGUUUCGUAUUGUCACCAUUACAGCGUUUACUUUUACUGAUGCUAAAGGAUUCAACUUAAUUCUAGCAUUUUCAAUAUUAUUUAUGCAACGAAAUAACAAAUUUGUCGAAUGGUUUGCAAAAUACGGAAGAGUCGCCACUUCAUUCGCUUUAUUAUCUGGUUCAAGUAUUGAUGUGCUAUUAGUAUUAAAAUCAUAUUUGAUGAAAUUUGAACUUUUCAAUGCUCCAUUCUCUGAUAAAUCAUUGAAAUGGAUUUUUUGGGGAUCUUGUGCUGACGUAAUUUUGGCAGAUAUUCCACAAUUUAUUAUUCAGAUAUUUUAUCUUCUUUAUAGUGUCGAAAUCGAAAUUCUUUUAAUUUUCUCUUUAAUCGCAUCAGGUCUUUCAGUGCUUUCCAACUUACUUAGUAAAUUAUUCUUUAUUAAAUUUAAAGCAUAUUCCCCUUAUUUAAGUACAUUAUAUGUACAUCAUGCUGUCGAAUCUAAUGAUUUAGAUGAAAUUAGAGAUCAUAAAACUACUGAAAAUAACAAAGAUAUAUAA